AUGUACUACGACAGUCCUUCGAGCUGGGUCGAUGCUUUUAAAUUUUGCGACAGUAAACGAAGCCACCUUGCCGUGCCGAACUCACAGGCCGAGAUCGAAUUCUUGUGGCGGAUGGUGCUGGCGAUGGAGACUGUAAAAAGACGCGGGGUCUGGAUCGGCUGCAAACGCGAGUCUGCUGAUUCGAGCUUUGAAUGCGCUGGGAACACCGAGGGAAUGAGCUUCACCAACUGGGCACCGGGUUAUCCCGAACAAGGAGCUCCUCGGUGCGUAGUGAUGUCGAAGGGCCUCGGAACAUGGAAAACUAACAAUUGCGCUCGGCCGUCCUACUACAAGUAUGUCGUCUGCGAGAUGCCGAAUACUCCUCGCGUGCACUGCUUGAAGGCCAAUGCAAACGGACACUUCGUGGAUGACUACCGUGUUUAA